AGUGCACGCCCUAUGGUGCACGACCGAAACGAAACUACUGAGAGUUUGGCACAGCAUGUGUCGUCAUUUACUUAGCUUCGUAAAGGUCCUUAUGCGCUUAUGAAGAAUGGCAAAAGCGACUCAAAGUAACCAGGACCUUUUUACAUGUCCUGUUUGUCUUGAUCUACUUAAGGAUCCAGUCACUCUCAACUGUGGACACAAUUACUGCAUGGGUUGUAUCAAGGACUGCUGGGAUCAGGAAGAUCAGAAGGGAGUUUACAGCUGCCCCCAGUGCAGACAGACGUUCACUCCGAGACCCGUUUUAAACAAAAAUAGUAUCUUUGCUGAGGUUGUGGAACAAUUCAAGAAGACAAGAAUUGAACACGUUGUUCCUGCUCCUGUUGUAUGUGCUGGAGCUGGAGAUGUGGAGUGUGACAUCUGUAGGCCUACUGGGAGAAAACUCAAAGCUGCGAAGUCCUGUCUGGACUGUCUGUUGUCUUACUGUGAAACUCACUAUAAAGCUCACAAUGAACUCCAUCCUGGACGAAAACACAAGAUUGUUGAUGCCACUGGUCAGCUACAGGAGAGGAUCUGCACCCAACAUGAGAAGCCUCUGGAAAUAUUCUGUCGUACGGACCAGAGUUGUGUCUGUUUCCUCUGUAUGGUGGAUGAACACAAAGGUCAUGACACUGUGUCAGCGUCUGCAGGGAGAAAGGAGAAACAGACACACUUGGGAGAGACCCAGAAGAAGUUUCGGCAGAGAAUUCUGGAGAGAGAGAAGGAGCUGCGGGAGCUGAAGAAGGCUCUGGAGACGCUCAAGAGUUCUGCACAGACAGCAGUGGAGGACAGUGAGAGCAUCUUCACUGAUAUGAUCCGCUCCAUUGAGAGAAGGCGCUCUGAGGUGACAGAGCUGAUCAGAGGUCAGGAGAAGGCUGAGGUGAGUUGGGCUGAAGAACAUCUGAAGCAACUGGAGCAGGAGAUUGCUGAGCUGAAGAGGAGAAAUGCUGAGCUGGAGCAGCUUUCACACACAGAGGACCACAUCCAUUUCCUCAAGACAUUCCAGUCAGUGAGCAGCACACCUGAGACUAAAUCCGUGUCCAGUACCCGUGUCAACCGAAGCCUUUCUUUUGAGGCUGUGAAGAAAUCUGUCUCCUCACUAAAGGGGCAGCUGGAGGAUUUCUGCAAAGAGGAAGUCAUGAAGAUAUCUGCAGCAGUGACGACAGUCCAGGCCAUGUUGCCAUCUGAACCUACAACCAGAGAGGAAUUCCUACAAUAUUCCUGUCGCUUCACACUGGAUCCAAACACAGCACACAGAACCCUUCAUCUGUCUGAGGGGAACAGGAGGGUGGAGUACAGAGGUCGCCAGUCAUAUCCUGAUCAUCCAGAGAGAUUUGAUUAUCAUCGUCAGGUGCUGUGUAGGGAGGGUGUGUCUGGACGCUGCUACUGGGAGGUGGAGUGGAGUGGGAAGUGGGUUGAUAUAGCAGUCUCAUAUAAAAGCAUCAGCAGAAGUGGUGGUGACUCUUGGUUUGGAGGUAAUGACCAGUCCUGGCUGCUGCGCACCACCAGCUCCAGCUCCUUUUAUCACAAUAGAAAAGAGACUAAACUCCCUCUAGUGGCCAGCUCCAGAAUAGGAGUGUAUGUGGAUCACAGGGCAGGAACUCUGGCCUUCUACAAUGUGUCUGACACAAUGACCCUCCUGCACAGAGUCCAGACCACAUUCACUCACACACUCUACCCUGGGUUUUAUAUGUAUAGUGUGCCAUCAUCAGUGAAGCUGUUGUGAGUGUUGUCAGUUGGGUAUUGGUCUGGUAUGAGCUGCAUGGCCCCUGCUGCAGUAGGAGGCAUUAGUGGUUCAGCUUUGGGAACUGGGCUCAGACUCCUCACAAAUGUGACCAUUCAUAGCGAAAUCAGUCGUUUUGCGCACAACGUUAUUUUAAGAAAAUCAACAAUAACAAACUUCCGGGUUAUAAUGUUGAAUUUCACGUUUUCGCAUAAUUCGACUGUAUACAGUCUACAGUUUCAUAUCGUGAACGCCUUUCACGGAAAAACAUACGUUUUGACUGUUAAACCUGGUGAAGAUUCAACACAUUUGCUGUCAUUCCCGUUGUGCACGCGCCGCUUAAAAAGGUGAUUUCUCCUCUUCUGGCAUAUCGUGACAGGAGAACCAUGUCAACUUUGGAUGCGGUUAUCUUAGCGAUAGUUUGUGUAAUACCCUCGAUAUACAUAUCGUUGGAAAGCUUAGUUUAUGGCCUUUCACGCGAGCACAAUAACUUAAUUUAAUAAAUUUUACCGAAACGACUGGUUCCGCUUUACAGGGUCACAAAUGCACUGAGGAAAAGGAAGUAUGUAUGUAGUGUAGCAUAAAUGUCCAGCUCAUAUAAUGGUCAGCAGUGUACUGUAAGAUACAAAUGAAAGUUUGAAUGUUUGCUUAAAGGUUUCAGGUUGUGGUUCACUUACACAACACCUACACAACUCUUACACAACUGUGUGUUACCCUUUGCACCCUGACAAUAUUUGUACAGUUUUGAACUUGUUUCUUAUUUUACUACAUUGAUACAGACCAAGAAAAACUAAAACACUCUGAGUGUAAUCAGCUGUGAAAGUAAAGUCAGCUUCUGAUCGUCCUGUCUGUCUUUGCAGAAAUAAAAGGUUUGUUUACCAUGU